UUAAUUUAUAUUUAAGUCGCCAUCAUGUCAGCUUCUUAUAAAUGGGUUUAGUAUGGAAGGAGAACAGAAAAAGAGCAUAGCCAGCAGUGGCGCUGGUUUAUCCCCAAAUAAACUUGCCAAAAGGGCCACUACUUGGGAAAUAUCUGAUUCGGAAAAUGAGGAGGAAUCAGGAAUCCCCCAACAAGAAGAAAAGAAGAGCCUUGUUAUCGAGAUCGAAACCACAGAGUUCCCAACUGAUGUAAAAGAGAGCAGUCCCCGUGUUGUUGAAAAUGCAUCAGCCUUGGUUGUGCCAGAGCCAGGUGGUACAACACCCAGUCCUAUAAAAAGGAUGAGGAAGAAGAAGACCCCGGAAGAGCUGGUGGUGGAAAAAGUCCAAGCUGAGGAGAGGCAAAGAGAGCGAGAACUGAAAAAGCAAGAGAAGGAGAAAAGGAAGGCUCAGGAAAAGUUAGAAAAAGAGAGACGGAAAGAGGCUGCGUCCGCUCUGAAGAUGCUGAGACCCGACCAGUGCGUGAAGUACAUGACCGUGAGCAUGGAUGCGGGACUUCUCGAAGAUGCUGGGUCAGAGGAUGUACUGGAGGCCCUGAGAUCUUCAGGGUAUCAGUACUCGAUUGAACCUCAUUCUGUGCCAAAGAGUUUCACGUGGAGAAGAGAUAUGCCUGUGGACUGGACGUGUAUCGAGGGUCUGGAGUUGAGGCUUGGAGAAGAGGAUGAAAUGUUGGUUCUAGUCCAGUCCAAAGAUUUCCUGGCCAGCGUCUCCUGCUUUGCUCAGGCUGUAAAGUACUCCAGCAUCGGAGACCAGGAUGAGGAAGCUCUUGGAUCUCUUUUCGGAAUCUCAAAGCGACACCAAGAAAAGAAAACCACCAUGGUCGUUAUCGGACUCCAAGAAUACAGAUGGUGCCAAAAGUUAUCGAGGAGGAUGGAAAGGCAGUCACUGGAGCAGAAUGAUAACAUCUGUGAGAGCCAAUCAGAGAGCAACGCAACCAAGAAACAAAUACAGGAGGCCUUUGUGUUUCUGCAACUUUCAUUUGAAAUGGAGGUGUUGUGCCUGGACUCCUGGAAAGAACUGGGGAAGCACGUGUGCGCCGUGACAAAAAGUUUAGCUCAGCGACCUUUCCGGAAACACUGGGACGACCAGACCUUCUCAUUCUGUACAUCAGCAGGGAGCUGGAAGGGCUGGGGUCCCCGAGGGACCCUCACAGGGCUGCCUUUAUCCUGGAGAAGACAAAUCCAGCAGUUUAACAGAGUCAGCCCUGCAAUGGCUGCUGCGGUGACAGAGGCCUAUCCGUCUCCCCAGCUUCUAAUGAAGGCCUACGCCGAAUGUGCCACAGAACGUGAGAAAAUGGCCUUGCUCUCCAACCUGCACGUUCUACCAGAGCGUAAUGCGGGGGACGCAGAUGAGGCAGAAGGUUCAGAUGCUCCUCACGGAGACCACCAGCCUCAAGGCAGAGAAAGACGCAUCGGCCCUGACUUGUCCCGACGCAUCUGGCUUUUCAUGACAUCACCAAAUCCAGAGCAGGUGCUGGAUUUGAACUCAUAGUGUAGGAUGAUGUCAUUCUGGACUUCCAAGGAGCUAUGUUACAACCAUGGACCCCCUGAUUUCCCUCAAACACCUCUGGCUAUGUUAUUGCACAACAAACAUUGUUCUGCCAGUAAGUCGCACUCCCGACAUGCUGCUGUAAACCACUAUGCAUGUGUACGUUGGGUUAAAAAAUUGGACUUAAUAUUCUCUUUGCGUUUGGGUGCAAUAAAAUACACAGGUACAUUCAUAUAUUAACAUACCAAAUAAUUUAUUGUUAAUUGUGAACAACAAAACAAUUGUACGGAAGGUAGCUGGUGUUUUUUAUCUUUCUAGGUUCGGUUGCAUGAAAAUUCACUAAUUGAAAAUAGAGUUAACUGGAAAGCCUCAAUUAAAGUGUGCGGUGAAUCCAA